GCGCGCGGGGGCCGGCAGCGAGCUCCGUGCGUGCGGUGUUUCUUUGGUUACAGUGGAAGCGGGGAGCCGUGGCUGCCCGGGAGGGAUGCUGGUGAGGAGGCCGUCGGGAGCCGCCGCCGCCGUCUGAGGGAGGCUCUGGGGACAGCGGUCCACCGGCGAGGAAGCCCCAACCGCGGACUGGCAGGCUCCGGCGCCGUGCAGUCCGAGGCCAUCUUUUGUGGCAGCAGGCAGCCCAGGCGUUUGCCCCGGAGGCAGGGCUGGGCAGUGUCGCCGUCCAGCUGCCCUCGUGCCCUCCGGCCGCGGCGGCGAGCUUUGUCGCCAGAGGCCAGGCCGCCGCUCUGCGCCUUGGCUCCGGUCCUCUAGGCGGAGGGACACCUGCUGCUGGCCCGGCCGCCGCGGGAGCCGCCCCAGGACGCCCGGCCCUCCAGCGGACAGCGAUGCGUGCCUUGCCCGAAGGGCGGGGCGCGGCGCCGGCGCCGGCCGCCUCCUGAGCCCCGUGCGACCCAGCCUGACGGGGUCCCGGGCCGGCGCUCCCGGGCCUUGUGGUGGUAGCGUUCUGGGGAGGGACUUAAUCGCCAGGGCCCUGCUGGGGCAAAGAAAAGAACAUCUCAUCCUAGCCAUGUGGACUUUUCUGGGCAUCGCCACUUUCACCUAUUUUUAUAAGAAAUGCGGGGAUUUCGUCAUGUUGGCCAACAAGGAGCUCCUGCUGUGCGUGCUGGUGUUCCUGUCGCUGGGCCUGGUGCUGUCCUACCGCUGUCGCCACCGCAACGGGGGCCUCCCCGGGCGCCAGCGGAGCGGCCUGCGGUGCGGGGUCGUCUCCGGCUUCCUCUCGGCGCUGCCUCUCGUCGGCGUCUUCUGGGCCAAGUCGCCCCCCGGCUCAGAAAAGAAGGAGCAGCCGGAGUCCAGCAGGCCCAGAAAAGGAAUCAAUAUUUCAGAAACAGCUUUAGUAGGAGCCACUACCUCUCUAGCAACAUCUUCUGUAAAUGAUCCAGAAGUUAUCAUUGUGGGAUCUGGUGUACUUGGCUCUGCUUUGGCAGCAGUGCUUUGCAGAGAUGGAAGAAAGGUGACAGUAAUUGAGAGAGAUUUAAAAGAGCCUGACAGAAUACUUGGAGAACUUCUGCAGCCCGGUGGUUAUCAUGUCCUGAAAGCCCUUGGGCUUGGAGAUACAACAGAAGGUUUUGAGUCCCAGCUUGUAAAUGGCUACAUAAUUCAUGACCAGGAAAGCAAGUCAGAGGUUGAGAUUCCUUACCCUCGGUCAGAAGACAAUCAGGUGCAGAGCGGAAGAGCUUUCCACCACGGCAAGUUCAUUGUCAGUCUCCGGAAGGCAGCUAUGGCAGAGCCCAAUGCGAAUUUUAUUGAAGGUGUUGUGCUACAGUUGAUAGAGGACGGCGAUUCUGUGACAGGAGUUAAGUACAAGGACAAAGAGACUGGUGAUGUCAAGGAACUCCACGCUCCAUUGACUGUUGUUGCAGAUGGGCUUUUCUCCAAGUUUAGGAAAAACCUGAUCUGCAAUAAAGUUUCAGUUUCAUCUCAUUUUGUGGGCUUCCUUAUGCAGAAUGCACCACAGUUUAAAGCCAAUUAUGCUGAACUUGUUUUAGCUAAUCCAAGUCUAGUUCUCAUCUACCAGAUUUCAUCCCAUGAAACUCGAGUACUUGUUGACAUUCAUGGAGAAAUGCCAAGGAAUUUAAGAGAAUACAUGGUUGAACAAAUUUAUCCGAAAAUACCUGAUCACCUGAAAGCACCAUUCCUAGAAGCUGCUCAGAAUUCUCGUAUGAGGUCCAUGCCAGCAAGCUUCCUCCCUCCUUCAGCAGUGAGCAAAAGAGGUGUUCUUCUCUUGGGGGAUGCCUAUAAUUUGCGGCAUCCUCUUACUGGUGGAGGAAUGACUGUGGCUUUAAAAGAUAUAGAACUGUGGAGAAAACUGCUGCAGGGUAUUCCUGACCUUUAUGAUGACGCUGCUGUUUCCCAGGCCAAAAAAUCAUUCUAUUGGUCGAGAAAAAGUUCUCAUUCCUUCGUUGUGAAUGUCCUUGCUCAGGCUCUUUAUCAGUUGUUUUCUGCCACAGAUGAUUCCUUGCAUCAACUAAGAAAAGCCUGUUUUCUUUAUUUCAAACUUGGAGGAGAAUGUGUUGCUGGUCCUGUUAGGCUGCUUUCUGUAUUGUCUCCCAACCCGCUGGUUUUAAUUCGACACUUCUUCGCCGUGGCGGUGUAUGCCACAUAUUUCUGCUUUAAAUCAGAACCUUGGAUCACAAAACCUCGCGCCCUCUUCAGUAGCUGUGCUGUGCUGUACAAAGCGUGUUCUGUAAUCUUCCCUCUAAUUUACUCGGAAGUGAAGUGCAUGUCGUCACGCUUGGAAUAGAGCCACUGGAACGCACCAAGUCCCACGAGACUUUUGCAAGAGGGCAUAGGAGCAGAGCACAGCCGCUUCUGAAGUGAGAACUCUCGGAGCAAGAUUGGGAUCGCUUUGUUUUUGAAGUUUUUGUGUAUAAGCAUGUAAAUAUAGGCCUUAAUUUACAGGUUAAAAUGAUGGGAAAAUAAGCUAGGUAUUUAAAAGAAAUGAUUGUUGUCAUAAAUUAGUGCUAAUACUGAGGAGCCGCAGUUUUUCUUUGGAUUUCAGUAUUUGGGGUGAGUCAUUGGGACAUGCGAAUAAAAUGAAGUGUAAACCCUGGGCCUUUUUGUUUCUUGUUGUGGACUUCUUUGCACAGCUUAAUGAUAAUGGAAAAGAAAACCAAAAUGCAA